CUUAUCAUCCAUUCCUUUAGGAAUGCCGCUGAGCGUACCUUUAAAUAUGUUUUCUCUUGAAAACACACGAGCAACUCAAGCCACACAAGUUUCUCAAUUACUCUCACCCGCACCUUCAUCACUACUUUCUAUACUUGAAUAUUGCGACACUCACACAGCAGACGAAUUGAACAUUCCAGAGUUUUUCCAAUACAGCAAAGAAAAAUAUGAAAGUCAAAAAAUGGGAUGUGGCCGGUGGAGAAAAUCAUCAAUCAAUGAAACAAUCGUUAAUUCCUCUUUGGAUGGAGAUGAUGACACAAGCAGCAAAAUGUCACGUGUCAAGUUUAAACGUCAAUUACACAUUCAAUCAGAGCAAAAAAGACGUGCAGAAAUCAAAGAUGCUUUUAAGGAACUCCGUAGACAGCUCCCUAGCACUUAUACAGGUCGCAAGAUGAGUAAAACUGUCUUACUUCAGAAAGCUGUCUCGCAUCUUAAGAAUCAGUCAAGGAAGGAGUCUUUUCUUCUCGAUGAAAUCAAUCGUUUGAGUCAAACUUGUAAUUUGAAUGCAGAAUUGGAAAAGGAGAAAAGGGUGAAUGAAUUAUACAGACAAAAACAAACUCUUGAUAAAUAA